AUGUCCUCGGUACACAACAACGACCUGGGCCCCGCGUGGAAGCGUCGUCGUCCCGCCACCGCGUGCAACCAGUGCCGUCGUCGCAAGAUCCGCUGUGACGGUCGCGCGCCUUGCGUUGCGUGUAGCAAACCACCAGGUCGACCGUGCGAGUAUGCUGCGAAUCCCUUCUAUGAGAGCCGCUCCGCCGCGCACACGCUAACAGAGGGCUUGCCACCGCACGGGAUGCCCCAUGAGGCAUACGCGCAGCUGACGUCGACAACGCCGGUCAUGUCUGAGGCGGGCAUGUUUGACGGUAUCACCCCAAGCGACGCGUAUAAUCUGGAGGCUGGCAUGGCCAAUUACUUCCGCAUGACGGAUAUGAGUAUGAUGGGCGGCCUGUCCCCAGGAGAACUGCCCAUCCAGUCACCUGCUCUCACGCAUGCCACCACCAACUCUUCCGUAGGGAGCUCAUCACACACCCCUCCCAGCCCGAGUCCGCCGCGUCAGUCCCCCUCGUUCGGCGCGUCAUCCGCCUCGACGUGCUCCCCUCUGGCGUGCGGGCUGGAGCCCCCCGAGCUGUAUCAUCUGCUGGACCAUGACUCCAUCGACGAUCAGAGCGACUGGGAGGAGAUCUUUGAGCGAUGCGACCGACUGAAAUUCCUGUCAGUGGCAUUUGGUGACAACACAAAGACUCCGAGGCUCGACCAGGAGCGUUUGCGGCCCCUCGUGAACCAGUUCACGAUGCUGGAGAGGAGCCAGAAGAGCAGCCGUGCGUGCUUCAGCAGCUGCAGCGCCGUUGGGUGCGCCAAGGACAUCCUCCCUCCUCGCGCGGCAUGCGACAUUCUCAUCAAGGCCUAUUUUAUGAAUUAUGAGCAAGUCCUCCGCAUCAUGCACCUGCCGACCUUCUUGCAGGAGUACGAGCGAUUCUGGCGCCAGCCAUCCCCGUCAAGAUCCUUGGAGACGGACGAUCCGCUAGCGUGCAAGAUCGCAGUCAUCCUGGCCCUGGGGUCCACUGUCGUCCUCACACUCAACGGCGCCUUGGGGCCAACCAUACCAGGUCCAGCUGAGGAGCGUGCGUACCUGGAGAAGCAAGCGGGCGUCUGGAUUUCGUACGGGAAGCAGUGGCUCACGCGUCGGAUGCCAACCGCCCAGCGCACGGAUCUUCAUAUUGCCCAGAUACUCUGCCUGUUGGGCCUGGUGCGCCACGUCCAUUCCGAGGACGCGUCAUCGUCUGGGAUCCUUAUCCAGCCCGGUGACUACUGUCUGGCCCGCGUCGGUAUGCAGAUGGGUCUGCAUCGUGAUCCGCUUGUCCGUGGCUCAGGCAUGUCGAGAUGCGAGGUUGAAGUUCGUCGACGCCUGUGGGCGACCAUGGUCGAGCUGUCGCUGCAGAGGAGUCUCGACGAGGGUUUGCCGGCUCCUCUGGGGCCGGAGAGCUACGAUUGCCAGCCGCCAUCGGACAUACCCGACGAAGACCUCGAAGACGAGUUCGCCUCAGGUGUCACGACUGGCUCUGACCUGACGCCCUCGACCAUCCUCGUUCUCUUGUGUAAGACGCAGCGUCUUCGUCUGCACUGCGUACAUCUUGUCAACUCACCCGGGGCGCCAAAGUCGGACGCAGAGAUCCACGAGCUUGCCAAGCGUCUCAGCAUCGCCUGCGGUUCCAAUAUUGACGUUUUCCGCGGUCUUCCCACGAAACCGAGCGAUUUCCAGAUCCAGCUUCUACAAACCUACACGCGGCAGUUUGUCCAGGCUCUUGUCGAAGGCGGCCAACCCGCCACGGACCACGCCACCGCGCACUACUGCCGCAAGGUGCGUACAGAGGUCGCCGCGCGCAUGCUUGGCUAUCCACCUUCGCUCGCGCUGGUGACGGCCGAGACGAUGGCCGAGACACGUCCCCUCUCCACGCUCACAGAGGGCAAGGCCGAUGCCUGCGUCGCCCUCCGCGUCUUUGGCGAGGGCUACCUCGGGCGUGUCCAGCGAGACUCGGCCAUCAGCAUGUGUCUCGACCUCCUGCAGGAGCUAGAAGAAUACAACUUUCCCGCCACAGACGGUGCCUGCUGGCAACGGUGUCACCACAUUGUGCGGGACACCGUCUCCGUGUUUGAGCGACGGGUGCGUGUGUCAAGGGGCAUGCACAGCAAGCGAGAGCUGCUGUUCUUUGCAUGUGCAGAGGCCAAUAUGUCGGGGCUUCUCAGGGGCGCGCCGUCGAGGGAGAUUGAUGAGAGUAUUCAUCGCGCAGCGGAGCGCGCACUGGGCGUUUGUUGCGAUGUGCUGGGGAGGAACAUCCGCUCGUGA